GCAUGCUUGCAACAGUCAUGAAUGCAAUAUUCUUGCAAGCAACAAUGGAGAGCAUUGGUAUUCCAACACGUGUCCAGACAGCAUUUCGUAUGUCAGAAGUUGCUGAGCCAUACAUAAGAAGAAGAGCUGUUAGGCAUUUAGAGAAAGGAAGAGUUGUUAUCUUUGCUGCUGGAACUGGCAAUCCUUUCUUCACAACAGAUACUGCUGCUGCUCUUCGUGGUGCUGAAAUUAAUGCAGAAGUUGUUCUGAAGGCAACAAAUGUGGAUGGAGUGUAUGAUGAAGACCCCAAGACACACCCAAAUGCUCGCCUUCUUGACAACCUAAGCUAUCAGGAUGUAACUACGAAGGAUCUCUCAGUGAUGGACAUGACUGCCAUCACACUAUGCCAAGAAAACAAUAUCCCAGUUGUCGUUUUCAACUUGAAUAAACCUGGAAACAUUGUCAAAGCUAUUGUCGGCGAGAAGGUUGGCACUUUCAUUGGCGGGCCUCACAGUGACCAAUAUCCAUCUGCAAAGAGAAAGGUUGAUGUUGAUGCGAUUGAUGAUUUUUGAAGGCGUAAAAUUUGGCAAAUUAUUCUGUGCGGACGCCGAACCCCGUCUAGAGAUCAAUCAGAAUGCGCAAUGCGACACGUCACCCCCGCUCAGUACCGCGGCUCGGUACUGCUGACAUGGCGCAUUCAGGUUGGUCUCCGGACGAUGUAAUGCAUUCGACAUUCACACAUAAUAAUUUCUCGUAAAAUUUCUUUAGCGAGUUUCAAAAGUUUACGUAGCUGGAAAGUACGGCAUCUACCAUUUCACCAAUAUCAGCAUAUAAUAGAUAUGAUUUGCUUCAACCUGCUGUAAAUCCAUAUUUUAGUCGUAUCUUCGGAAAAUUUUUUAUUGGUUCAAAGAGAA